AUGGAGGAGGCGCUGCUCUCCACCCCCAUCAACCCCAACAACUUCCCCGCCAAGCUGUGGCGGCUGGUGAACAGCCCCCGGUACCGCUCGAUCCGCUGGGACGGUCGCGGUGAGGGGCUGCUCAUCGACCAGCCGCUCUUCGAGGCCGAGCUGCUCAGCCCGCCCGGGGCGGGGGCCGGGGGCGGUGGGGCCGGGGGCGCCGGCGGCGGCGGCGGCGGGGGCGGCGGCGUCGGGGGCGCCGGGGCCGAGCCCGAGCUCUUCAAAACCACCAACUUCACCAGCUUCAUCCGCCAGCUCAACCUCUACGGCUUCCGCAAGGUGGUGCUGGGCGGGCCGGGCGCGGCGGGGCCCGGGCCGGCGCCGGGGGGCGGCGGGCCGGCGGGCGACGGGCCGCUCCACCACUUCCACAGCCCGCACUUCCGCCGCGACCAGCCGCAGCUGCUUGUGCACCUCAAGAGGCUCACCAGCGCCAACAAGGCCAAGCUGGCGGCCGGCCUGGAGGUGCCCUGCCGCCCGCCCAACCGCUUCCAGAGGCUCCUCAUCACCUCGGCCUCGGCCUCGGCCUCCACCUCCCCGCUGCAGCACCAGGAGCCGCCGCCGCCCUCGGGGCCCCGGCCGGAGCCGCAGGGACCAGUGGCUGUAGGACAAUUUCACCGGUCGUUCCGGCGAGAUAGUUUGUCUCCUUACUCCUACGUGUCAACUUCAUCCCACAACCACAGUACUUUUCCUCUGAAAGGUUUAGAUCGGACCCCGAUCCCUCCUAGAACAUGGCAGAACUCUCUUGGAAUGCACCCAGGACAAGUGGAAACGUCUCCCACUUUUUCAGAUAAAGGGGUUCCAUUUCCUGUACUACAGAGGUUUCCAACUGAGGUUACGUAUACCCUGCAGCCCAGUGCCACAUCUGUACACGUUCAGCAAGGUCCUCAAACAAUGGUCAGCUCCUCCCAAAAAUAUAGUAACUACACACCCUCAGCGCAGUACUCCCAAGCCUACUAUCCAACAGCUGUGCUGCAGUGCUGCUCGCCUCCCACCCGCGUGGACGCGCUCAGUAGCUGUGUCGCCCCCCCUGCCGCCUCCUACGCACACUGCAGCUACUUUCAGAAUCCUCCAAUGCAGUCUUCCUAUCCAGUUGAAUUUCUGCCUUCUAAUUGGCCUUGCGGUGCUACUGAUGAAAAUAAAAAGACAGAAGUAAACCUAGAGGCUGUUUUUCAGAUAGUAGAUGAGUUGCAUUCCUCCCCUAAAUUGGAGAUGGUCAAGGUGGAGCCAGUUGAGAAUCAGUGCUCAACAUCCCAGUCUAAUAGAGGCCAACAUAUCCUAGCUAAUUCAAACAACAGCAAUCCAUCUUCCAUAAGCCAGGCUAGCCAGCUGGAGCCACUUACUCCUGUAGGCUCAGAUAUUACGUCUUUUGUGGUCGGAACAGAACAGGCAAUUACCAGCUCUCUACCACAGUCACCUGAGUACAUCUAUACCAUCCACCCAGCUCAGCCUGUUGAAAAUACUACAAUGCAAGAGUCUGCAAUCAACCAGCAAGCUCACAUCAAACUGAAGGAACAGCUAAGUCAUAAUCCAUCUCCAUCUUCAGUAGUAUUUGUUCAGGAAGGGCUACCAUUCAGCACACACCAGGUGGAUGCCAGUAUAAAAUGCCAGACCAGUCCACCUGAGAAUAUCUUGCCUUCAGAACAAAUGGGAUUCCUUAUUUCAGAAAUGGGGCCUGCUAGCAAGCCUAGUAAAGACAUGAGUUUAUCCACUCCAGCCAGAUAUAGAGAGCGAAGAAGCAACUCACAGCAAGGAAAGUCCCCUGAUCUUCAUCUGCUGGUGGAUGUUGCCUGCAAGCAGGAACACUUUCCAAAGGAGGAAGAAUUAAAAGAGUGA